AUGGCUAUGUCUAAAGGAUUCAAAGUACUUGAAAAGUCUUCACCGCCUAAUCCGUACAGUAUAAUUUUACAACAUAGAAAUAAAGAUACUGCAUUAUUAUUCGAAUCUCAAGCGGUUGUAUCUCUAUCUUCUCAAGAAACAGAAACUUUGCGUAAACAAUAUCAUAAAGUAGCUGACGCUUAUGGAUGCUUGGGCGUCUUACAACUGAAUUCUGGUGAAAGUUGCUUGCUGUACUUAGUUCUAGUCAUAGGAUGCUGCUCAGUUGGCAAGGUCGGCGAUAUUGAAGUCUUCAAGAUUACGCAAACUCAAUUUUUGCCUCUUUUCUAUCAAUCACAAGGGGAAGAUAAGGUUUCUGAAGUGAGAAAAUUACUUAAUUCAGGAACUUUUUACUUUUCUUGGAAUACAGGAAAAUCUACCGAUAAUUUGUUUGAUCUCACAUUAUGCGCCCAAAGGAAAAGUAAAGGAGCUAAUCCAGAUAAUAGAUUUUUCUGGAAUAGGACUUUGUUUAUACAUCUAAUAAGAUUUGGGAUUGAUUGUGAUGACUGGCUUACUAGAGCAAUUUGUGGAUCUGUUGAAAUUAGAACAAUCUAUGUGGGGCACAGGCAAGCAAGAGCCGUUUUAGUUUCUCGACUGAGCUGUGAAAGAGCAGGAACAAGAUUUAAUGUUAGAGGGUGUAAUGAUGAUGGUAAUGUUGCAAACUUUGUGGAAACUGAGCAAGCAAUAUAUAUUGAUGAUUCAGUGGCAUCCUAUAUUCAAACUAGAGGAUCAGUCCCUUUAUUUUGGGAACAACCUGGUAUACAGGUUGGGUCUCAUAAGGUUAAGAUGUCUCGAGGCUAUGAUGCAUCAACAAGUGCAUUUGAUAGGCAUUUCUCACAAUUAAAACGAAACUAUGGAUCACUUGUUGUUGUAAAUCUCUUAGGAUCAAGCAUGAUUGGUGGUAGUGAAGGUGAAGCCACUCUGAGCAAUGCCUUUCAGAGACACCUUAAUGAAUCUGCCCACACAGAUGUAGUUCAAAUUAUUUUUGAUUAUCACCAAGAAGUUAAAGCUGCAUCCAUUGAAACAGCAAUUUCGAAAUUUAAGAAAAUAGUUGAAAAGUAUUAUGAUAAUAUCAGUAUUUUUAGUGCAAAAAGUGUUGAUAUUUAUAAUGUACAAAAAGGUGUAAUACGUACAAACUGCUUGGAUUGCUUGGAUAGAACAAAUGCUAUACAGACAUUUAUAGGCUUAGAAAUGCUUGCUAUACAGCUGAUGCUGCUGCAGUGUGUUGAUAAAAAACAAAAUGUUAAUAGAUUUGAAGAAGUUUUUAAGCAGAUGUGGGUGAAUAAUGGAAAUGAAGUGUCAAAAAUUUAUGCAGGAACUGGUGCAAUACAAGGUGGUUCAAAACUGAUAGAUGGAGCUAGAUCUGCUGCUCGAACAAUACAAAAUAAUUUAUUAGAUAACUCUAAGCAAGAAGCAAUAGACAUAUUGCUUUUAGGAUCAACUUUAAAUUCUGAACUUUCCGACCGUACAAGAAUUUUGUUGCCAUCAAAUAUACUGCACACUUCAACUCCUGUACUAAGAGAGAUGUGCAGAAGGGCUAGCGAAUUUACUCAACCUUCCAGUAUUCGUAUAACAAUUGGCACAUAUAAUGUAAAUGGUGGUAAACACUUCAGAAGCCUUGCAUAUAAGGAUGUGUCACUUGCUGAUUGGCUAUUGGAUAGUCCAAAUUCUGCUUUAGUAAAUACUGUUAACUUAAAAGACCAGCCAUCUGAUAUAUUUGCAAUUGGUUUUCAAGAAAUAGUUGAUUUAAAUGCAAGCAAUAUUAUGGCAGCUAGUUCAGAUAAUGCUAAAGCUUGGAGAGAAGAAUUAGAUAAAGUUUUAGCAAGAGAUGCUUCAUACACACUGUUGUCAAGUCAUCAGUUGGUUGGAGUUUGUCUCUUUGUAUUUGCCAGAAAGGACUUAAUUCCACAUAUAAGAGAUGUGGCUCUUGACUCUGUUAAAACUGGACUUGGUGGUGCUACAGGUAAUAAGGGGGCUGUAGCCAUACGCUUAGUUAUUUACGGAACAUCUAUAUGUUUCGUGUGUGCUCAUUUUGCUGCAGGUCAGUCACAAGUUAGUGAGCGCAAUGCUGACUACACUGAAAUAACACGAAAAGUAGCAUUUCCUAUGGGGAGAUCUCUUUAUUCUCAUGAUUAUGUCUUUUGGUGUGGAGAUUUUAAUUAUCGAAUUGAUUUAGAUAAAGAUGAAACUCGUUUAUUGGCAGCUCAAAACAAUAUGCAACGACUCUUAGAACAAGAUCAAUUACUUCGACAAAAAUCGCAAGAUUUAGUUUUCAAGAAUUGUUUUGAAGGGGAAAUAACUUUCCUUCCUACUUACAAAUAUGAUUUAUUCAGUGAUGACUAUGACACAAGCGAAAAAUGUCGAGCACCUGCAUGGACUGAUCGUGUCCUGUGGAGAAGCCGAAAGCAUACCAUUGAUCCAGAAACAACUUCUGAAUUAGCUGCCGGAAAGUUGCUGCAUUAUGGAAGAGCUGAACUCAAACAAAGCGAUCAUCGUCCAGUGAUUGCUAUUUUAGAAAUAGAAGUUUUACAAGUGAGCUAUACAAAAUGUAUGGAAGUAUUUUACGAGGUAGUGAAGGACUUGGGACCGCCUGAUGCUAGCAUUAUUGUACAACCCAUGGAAGAAUAUGAUACUGAAGAAUCUAUUUUUGAUGAUAAUGUGAUGGCAGGGGUACUGCAAGAAUUGGCCAAUAUUGGUGAAGUAACAUUAGUACGUUUUAUUGACGAUCAUACAUUAAGUAUUACUUUUAGAGAUGGUCAACAUGCACUGACUGCCGCUCAGAAAGGUAAAAUAUCAGCUUGUGCGAUUCCAUUGGUCAUAUCAUUAAAGUCACCUGAUUGGAUUAAUAUCGUAAAAUCAGAGAUAAGUCUUUGUUCAAACAAUACGGUUCCAUUGUUUGGAGAAUUACCGACUGAGCGCCCUCUGCGGUCUGCACCACCCACCCCUCGUCGACAACAACCUGGCCGACCACCUGCCCCUUCGCCGACACCUCUAGUGCCGUCUAGAGCCCCAGCAGCAAGUCCUGCUCGACCACCCCCGCCCAGGCCUGCACCAUUACAGAAUGACACAAUGACAGGAAGCGUCAGUGCGCCUACGUUAACGUCUCCUCCUGCCGAUGGUCUUCCUCCUCCAACUUGCGCUCCCCCUCCGCUGCCAACAAGCAACACUCCACCCCCCACAGGAACUCCCCCUCCAGUACCUGUGCGACAAGGUGCACCUCCUCCUUUACCGGCUCGCCCUCGGCCUACA